UUACGAACCCGCGCACUCGCCAUGAACCGAUGAAGUUUCUAUAUGUGUCCCAGACAGCAGAGGAAUUAUACUACUACAGUACCAGCAACGUUUAUGCGGAGGACUUGCGCUUGCAUCAGUGGUCCACGUGAAUCACAAACGGACACCGGGACAGGGCCCGGUAGCUGCACCACUCAUGUCCAAGGAACCAGCGCCGGGACUGGCCAUCCUUGGCCUCCUAGGUCCCGUUUGUUUGAGUCUCACCUCAAAUCCGCCUGGCAGCAGCUGCAGCAGGAUUCAGGAACAUCUUUCCCAUUGCCCUUCGAGCAACUAACGGAUUGGAUCUCUGCUCAGGGCAAGUUCUCGACCUCAGCCGAUGGCUUGGCCAUCGUUCUUCACCCGAACCUACCGGAGAUUGGCCUUGACCCCAAUGCUCCCGCCAAAGUCUCAUCGGUUGAUCCGAACGGUGACUUUCCUGGGGAGGCCACCACAGCCGUGUCUCCAAGGCUAGAUAGCGGCGUCAGCAAUGGUGGGCUACAUGCCAAUGCCGCGCACUUGCUGCUAGAGCAGCGCCUACAACCCGACACGCCGUCGCCGGCGUCGGACGCAGCCGGGCCUGUCGUACGUUCCCUCGGCGGCGCCGACACUGACGAGUCGUCGGGCGGCGGCAUUACGACGGCGAGCCGCCAGGAAGGCGCGCUGCCGCGCCAGGAAAGCGUCACUGAGGCGGUCGAGCGCAGCGUCAGCCGAAGCGAGUCGGCUGCCAGUGGAGGCGGCGGUGAUGUGAGUGACGGAGGCGCCACGGCCGCAGUCGCCGCCGCCGCCAGCGAACGAACCGACGCCGAUGACCAUGGUACGGCACUCUUGGCAGACGCGGAGGUGCACACCGAUGUGAUUGCGGCGGCAGGCGACCGGACCGACAUUGCUGAGGCCGACCCAUGGGUCCAUCCAGUGGCGGGCGGCGGCGGUGACGACGAGCAUGUCCCGGGCGAGUCCGCAUCCGGGGGCAGUCAGGAACCUGCGGAUAUCUCCUCCGCCUCCGCCUUCGCCUCCGCCUCCUCCGCGGCGGGUGCCGGUACGACUGUUGCCGCCGCAUCCCGACCCACUGCUGCUCCCAGCGUCGCGCUCUAUGUACCGCCUAGGCAGCGCUCAGGCGGGGGAGCCGCCGCCCCUGCCGCCUCUUCAAGUGGGGGCGGCGGUGCUCCUGCUGCCUCCUCGCCUGCUGCUGCUGCUGCGGGUGCUGCUGCCACUCCUGCAGCAGUAGCUGCUGCUGAGGCUGCUGCGGGUGGGGGUGCGGGUGCGGGUGACGAUUUGGAGUUGUGUCUGGCGGUUGUGUUGCCGGGGGAGGACCUGGUGUCGGGGCUGCGGCGGGCGCUGGUGGGGGGCCUGCGGGCGCGACCCAACCGCAUGAUGACCUUUGCGGAGGCCGGCCUCCGCCUGGCCAAGCACCGCGAGCUGGGAGCCGCCUGGCGCGACCCCGCCUCCCAGCUGCCCAAGCUCAAGGAGUUCGCGGAGGCGACUGUGGCGCUGGUUCCGGAGGCACUCAAACUGUCGUACAACGAAAACUGGUGCCAGUGGGUGCUCCAUCUGGACACCCCCGCCCUCCGCAAGGCGGCUCUACGGCGCGCGGUGGCGGCGGCCUACCCCGGGGAGGAUGACGUCAGCGUCGUGCGGCGGGCGGCGGCGGCGGCGUUGAUCGAGGCGGAGGGGCCGGGGGGUGUGCGACACUCCAUGAACAUGCCGGCACUGGGCUCGGUGGUGGUGCAGACCGCCAACGGACCUCGCAGCCGCCUCGCGGCAGCCCGCGGUACGACAUUCUCCUUGGCUGCCGUACUCACAGAGCGGUUGACCAAAUCACCUUCACCUUCGCCUGAUGACCAGCCUAACAACAUUAACAACCUGCAACAACAACAGCAGCAACCGCCGUACGGCAGACAACGGUCGGGAUCCAACGGUACCGGAUCCAGUGGCGGCGGCGGUGGUUACAUCAGCCUAAGCCCCCUGAUUAGCGGCUCGGCUCGAUUCGCGCGACUGGAUGCAGAUCGACUUUUGCAGGACGCUGCAGCCGGCCGGCUGGGCGACCUCACACGCGUGCAGCCAGUGCCCCCGCGCGGCGGCGCCAUCGCAGGUCCCGCACUCAUGCCAGCCGCACCCUCGCCCUCGCCCGCACCCUCCCCUGCAGCAGCUGCAGCCGCCUCCGCCCCUGCCCCCGCCCCCGCAGCUUCAGGCUCCGGAGCCGGCAUUCCGCCGCGAGUCAAGGAGGCCCUCCGCUCCGCCAUCCCCGAGGGCCGCCCGGAAGCCCUCGCCAAGCGCGCCCUGGCACUGGUGGCCGCCGCCUCCCUGGGGGCGACCCAUGGGUCGGGCGACCCGCCGCUCACCCUGCGCUCCUCCCCCUGCGGCAUCCUGCUGGCGGAGCUGGGGCUGAAGCCGCCCAAGGGCGCCAUGCGGGCGCUGUUCGAGGAGGAGCCGGAGGUGUUCCAGGCCGAACGCCCCAGUCCCAACUACCGCAUCACGCUGGUGCACCCGGGGCUAGUGCAGCUGGCCAGGGAGCACCCGGAACAGGUGGCGGCGGGGGCGGCGCUGCUACUGAAGGGGAAGAGCUACGCGGGGCUGAGGCUGAGGUCAGUGGGUGUGUUAAGAAAACGAAAACUGGCCGCGUGCUAAGAGAACUGGCCGCGUGCUAAGAGAACUGGCCGCGUGCUAAGAGAACUGGCCGCGUGCUAAGAGAACUGGCUGGGUGGUAAGAGAACUGGCUGGGUGGUAAGAGAACUGGCUGGGUGGUAAGAGAACUGGCUGGGUGGUAAGAGAACUGGCUGGGUG